AUGGCCAAUUUUGAACAUAAUGUGAUGGUUGCUUUGUAUUGGGGUGGCGAAAUAAUUACUGAAAUGAACGGAUUCAGGUAUACUGAAGAUGCCAAAAUGAUUGUUAGCAUGUUUAUUUCAACGAACUAUGCUGAAUUGGUUGAACUAUUGCAUGAGAAAAUGGGGACAGAUAGUGAAAAUAUGCAAAUCGAUAUUUCUGGAAAAUAUCCAUGCUCAUUUCAAGAUAACAAUACAAGGUUCAUUGAGUUUAAAAUUGAGAAUGACCAGUCCUUGCUACAAUUUUUCGCCAUACCUCAAAAAUUUAUGGAUAAGAUCGAUAUAAAUAUUUUGGAGAUUUAUGUAAAGACCAAGUCAACAAAUCAAAAUAAUGUAUUUCAAAUGAGUGGUCAACAUGGUUAUCACAUGAAUUUGUUGGCUCAAAAUUACGGAUUUGCUAUGGACAGUCAGCCUCAUUUUGCAAAAUCGAUUAUUCAACCAUCAUUCCAGCAAUUGCCGAUACACAACAAUCCAGAUUUCUAUAAUCAAUCUCACACCGAUGUGUCAUCAUAUAGUGCAACACAUGGUUUCCAUCAAUCAUUUGGUGCAGGUCCUAUCUGGCAUGGUCAUCGAUCAUUUGAUGAAGCUAAGGCCAGCGUUGAUUUGUAUAAUGAUGGAAAUGCUGAAAUUAUCUCUGAAAGUUCAGAGGAUGACGAUCCUUCAGGAGAUGAUGAAGAGAGUGAAAUAGAAAGUCAACCUGAUGAAGAUAUCGGUGAUAUUGGAGAUUUACUUCAAAAUAAUAUUGGUGUAAAUCCUCAUAAUCAAUUUGGUCAUGGUGUGUCCGAAACUCCAUGUCAUGAUAUACCCUACUUUGCGACAUUGGAGAACGAGGAAGAUAUUUUUAUCUCUACACGAGAAUCUGAGAUGGGAUGUUGUUCCGUUUGGUCCGAGGAUACCAAAAAAGACUUGGAAAAAAAUAUGUAUUUUAGCAGCAAAGCAGAGUUGAAACGGGCCCUGACGAUUUGGAGUUUGCGCAAAAAUAAAGAGUUCGAGAUGGUAACGUCAAACAAAAGUCUAUGGGUUGUGAGAUGCAGGUUUUAUAAUUUAUUAGGUUGUCUAUGUUUUCUUCGAGGCCGAAAGGUUGGAUAUAACCUUUGGAAGAUAGGAAAGUAUGUUGAUAAUCAUAGGUAUGAGACUGAAGGGCUUACGGCAGGUCAUGCCAACCUAGAUACCAAUUUGAUUGCAUCCUUGUUUCUAAACAAAAUUCGAGAAAAUCCCAAGUUGUUAGUAGUAGAUGUCAGGACUCAGGUUCACGAGAAAUUUAGUCAGCAAGUCACAUACAGGAAAGUGUGGCUUGGGCGUCAACGCGCAUUUGAAUUGGUGUAUGGUGACUUUAAAAAAUCAUUUAGUGAGCAUCCUAAAUAUUUUGCAGCUUUUCAGCACUUUAAUCAUGGAACAGCUGUGGAAUGGACACACGCAGAGUCUACGAGUUCACUAGAGGUAAAAACUUUCAAGUUUGUAUUUUGGGCUUUCAAGCCGUGCAUUGAUGGAUUCCAAGCGUGUCGCCCGAUUAUUUUAGUAGAUGGAACUCAUAUGUAUGGAAAAUAUGACAUCAAAUUAUUAAUUGUUGUUGGAAUUGAUGGAAAUGAUAACAUUCUUCCACUAGCAUUUGCUAUUGUUGACAGGGAGUCGAAAGAGGCAUGGAAAUGGUUUUUUAGGAUUCUGAGCGCACAUGUGAUAAAGGAUAGAGAAGAUAUAUGUGUGAUCUCUGAUAGGGCAAAAGGAACCUUGGCUAGUUUGUCGGAGUUGCGACGAUAUCAGGAGCCUCGGGCCUUCCAUCGAUUUUUCCUAAGGCAUCUUAAGAGCAACUUUCAAUCUCGAUUUCCAAACAAGGACCUCAGUAAACUGACGUGGAAGGCUGCUACAACCCAUCAAAUAAGAAAGUUUGAAGCCUUUGAUGUGGGAAAUUAA